AUGCAAGUGUCGCGUACAGUCUAUCGCGCUGCUCUCCUCCACUUAUCUGUCAACCCCUUCGUACGCGCUUCAAUCCCAGCUGGUACUACCUCGUCAUCCCUCAACGCAACGAACCAGACGUCAAACACCCGGCUCUACAGCAUCCUAUUCCCGCAGUGCACCACCUUAAAAGCAUCAGACUGCACACGCCAAGCACGCACAAUGUGUGACUCAUCCUCCGACUCCGCUGCCGCUGCAUCCUCAAAGCCCGCAACCCAAGAGACCCAAGAGCAAAAACAAGAAGAACCCAAAAAGAACCUCUACCUCCCUGCCAGCGACCCCUCAAACCCUAUCUCUGAUCAGCAAGGCGAGGGGGGCAUUAAAAUCGACAUGAGCGGUGGCGGGAGGGAGGUCAAAUUGGAUCAUCUAGGUCCGAUGGUUGUUAAUGUGGAUGGGACGUUGUCGCAGAUUGGCAACUGGCAGCAGAUGACGGAGAUUGAGAAGACUCAUACCAUGCGAGUUCUUGGAAAGCGGAAUAAGAAGCGGUUGGAGGCUUUGAAGGCUAAGGAGAAGGUGGAGGGAGGGUCGGAUGAGGCUUGA